GAUCUGUGUUUGAGAGGCCGGAACGUUUACUUUGAAAAAAUUGGAGUGGUCAAAGCAGGCCUCGCGCCUGAACUGCAGAGCAUGGAAUAAUAAAAUUUCCUUUGAAUAAUAAAUUUCCUUUGUGCUAAUAUAGCCACUAUGUAUUCAGCAAUCUGAUAGCAUCGUCUACUAUUAAUAUGUAUACUAGUUUUGGCUGUGGGUCGUUGCGCCUAGCUUGCGGGUUCUUUGUCAUGAAUAUGCGGAAUUGAUUAGCUUGUAGAUAGUCCUUAACUUUAAGGUCAAUUCUUUACAUUAUCGGACGUAUGUACUGAUCGUAUCUGAGUAUUGAGUACAUAUUACAGUGCAAGCCAUAAUAAGCUUGCGUCUGUAUAUACGGAGUGUUCAGAUGUGCUCGGUAUAUUUGGGAUAUUAAAUAUUCUCCACUAAUAUUUUGCUCACUUCCAACACUUCGGCCUUCUUGAAGACAUCAAGAAUUGCUACUUAAUUGCAGAAUUAUUAUAAUAUCACUCUUGACUAUCAACGUGGUUAAAAGACGGGCAGCAAUUAUGGCAUUAUGGAAUCUUGCCCCAGUUUCAGUUUUGGUGUUAUCCGUGCUUUUCAGCUUUCUCGGGUACAGAUGUCUGCUCUGUAUGAUCGCAGUAUGGACAGAAGUAAAGCGGAUCGUUCACAUUCGGCGCACUCUUCCAGGUGCUCCACCUCACUGGCUGUUCGGCAAUGUCCUGCAAGAACCUGGACCCGUGACUCCUGGGUUCGAGUGGCAUCGUAACACGCCUAAGACCUAUCGAAGACUUCAUGUCUUUUGGGCGGGAUGGAAACCCAUUGUGGUACUGAACCAUCCUGAAUCUGUACGGAAUGUACUCAAUGGCAGUGUUGGAACGGUCAAAAGUGAAGUGUAUCGACUAUUUGAUGAAUGGCUAGGCCAACCUAUGGCUACAACAGACGGUAAUUUAUGGAAGAGACAUCGGAGGCUCAUUACAAACUCUUUCCAUUUCAACGUUCUCAAGAGUCAUAUCCCUAAAAUGAAUCAGAUUGCCGACACCCUGAUUUCAGUGAUCUCACAAAGAGGUGUGGCGGGAGAGCUCCUCGAACUCCACAAAACCACGAGUGCUUUUUCCAGUGACGUCAUCUUACAAUGUGCCUUUUCCUACGAGUCAGGCUGCCAGGAGGGUGUCUCAGAAUACAUGAAAUCUGUAUCGACCCUGGCUGGCAUUGUCAUGAAGAGGUCUCUGAGCCCACACCUCACCUACGACUUCAUCUUCCGACGAUCUUCACUCUACAAGUCUUGGAGAAAAGAGAUCGACGUCCUUCAUAGACUUCAGGAGAAACUCAUCUCUGAUCGUAGGGAGCAACACAGACAGACCGGAUGUACGGAAUUUUCCAAGGGCAAGGAUAUCUUGGAUACUCUUAUGUUGGCAAAGGACACAGAGGGCGGACUAACGGAUAGAGAAAUGAGAGACGAGAUAAAUAGUUUCGUCUUUGCCGGAAUUGAUACGACGUCUAGCGCCCUCACGUGGCUGUUGUACUUGCUGGCUACUCACCCAGAAUACCAGACCAAGGUCCAGGAAGAAAUUGAUGAACUCUUCCAAGAUCGUGAUCCUGAAGUUCGCAGUGAAGAUCUCCAUCGUACCCCAUUUCUAAUGAAAUGUGUCAAGGAGAGUCAGCGCAUGUACUCGUUCGUAUCCCCAGGCCGCCUACUGACCGAACCCCUGGUCGUCGACGGUCUAACAGUCCCAGCAGGCACCGAGCUUACCCUCUUCACCUAUCAGCUCCAUCACAACCCUGACGUCUGGGGCGAUGACCAUAUGACAUUCAGACCAAGUCGUUUCGACCGCCAGAACGUCGAAGGCCGAGAUCCGUUCGCUUUCAUUCCCUUCUCCGCAGGUGCUCGCAACUGCAUCGCACAGCAGUUCGCGCUACAGGAGAUACAGGUAGCAAUGAUUCGGAUUUUCGACAAGUUCUGCUUUACUUUGGUCCGUGACUCCAAGCCAGUCUUACGGGUUGUUAGUGUACCAGAAGAUGAAAUACUGCUAGGUAUUCAUCCUCGGAGUAAAAAAUAAUUUGGUACAUCCUUCGAUUAAUUAUUGCUAUCACCAUUAUAUGUUAAAGUAACGGUUUCCCCCACGAUUUCCCCUACGAUGGUAAAACUAUCCCCGCCUGUUCAUAUUGCAUUAUAUAUUGAUGAUUUGAUUUAUAUUCCACCAUAAAAGCAUGCCAUCCAUAGAGUAGUAAUAUGUGUGUAUGAAAUCUCACUUCUGUAUUACUGUGCAGAUUGUAUUGCAGCUGCUCUUGCGACAAUUGCUCUGCGUCGAUUUCUUCCAAUAACCGAAUUCGUACCGUCAACCCCGGACCCAACGCUUUAUCUAACCUAACCAUACACCUAAAAUAAAACUGAAUUGCAACCCUUACUGUGACCCUAUAUACAUUUGACGAAAUAAAGCCCGGAACAGCUGUCUCAGUAGCAAAUAUAUGAUUUGUAUAUAUAAUAUCCGUGUGCAGUUCCUAAUUUCAUCUUUAUAUACCGGGAGCUUAUCGUGAAGAUUUGUCGUUUUUUAUGAUUGAUAAUUUCUUCAGCAACAAUCAGAAGCUGAUGAACAGGUGAUGGACAUUUGGCUUCAACGUAUAUCUCUUGCAUUAAAGAAUGGAACAGUCUGCCUGAUGAUAUA